CUGCCGCGCGCAUUCUCCACGACGUCGCCAAUCCUCAACACCGCCACUGCCAACGAAUUACCAGUACGGAAACCUGUUGGCGCAUUUCGCGGGGGAGCAUUCGGCUUCCUCCUCGGCUCCGUGGCUGCCGGCGCAUCUGUCUAUUACUACGUGUUGAAGGAAUACAGAGUAUCCAACGAGAUGUUGACGGAUGAUAUCUACGCCUUGCAAUCUGCUUCCCAGAAAUUGAACAGUUACAUUACCGAGAUGGAAACGAAGCUGGAUGAUUUGCAGAAGAAGAAGUGA